AUGGCAUCAGAAACUGAUGGCACUGAAGUGGACACUGACAGCACUGAAAUAGAAGAGAUUGAAAAUGGCAGCAUCCGUGAUCAAUGCGCUGCAGUCCAUGACGCAAUCAGCUGCAUUGGGUUUGCAGCACUUGACGAUUGUGCACUCGGUCAUUGUGGCAGUGCUGUCGACACCAACCUCAACUGCAGUGAAAUUAAAGAAGUUGACAAUGAUUUAAGCGUUGACAGCAGUUUGGCGGUCAACAAUGCAAUCACCAACACUGAAAUCCAGGAAAUUGAGGAAAUCGAGGAAAUUGGCAACGAUAGCAUCGUUGACAGGGACAUGCUGGUUAGUGCUGAAGUCGACACAUUGUCCAGCGGGGAGUGCUUACCAUUUGCAAGGAUGGCAGAAAUGAUGCUGAAUCGCCCAGCACUUCAAUACGAAAUCCUUCAAGCGCUUGAGCAGGAACCAGAGCUGAGGGGCCUCAUAGACACUCCGUCAUUGCGGCAGGACCUGGCAAGGAGGGCUGCGAUCUGCCCACCAGAUGCUGAACAGGAGGGGCCGAACAAUUUCAUCCAUGGCCAGAUGGACCAGAUAGGCCAGCGCCUCGAGAUGGCAGGCGAGGGCGUGGCGAACGCUGGUCAGCGCCUGGGCAACUUCCUGCGCCGGGUGGGCCGCAAGCUGCGAGGCGUUGACGAUGCCGUUGAGCAGGAGCACCUCUCGCUGUGCACCGGCGCCGCCGUGGUGGCAAUCGUCGCGGUGACGGGCGUCCGACUGGCCCGCGCGCUCCUCAGACAGUGA